AUGGAUAAUUUAACCGCUGAAAACCAAAUGAGGGAAAAUCAGAUUUAUGAAGACCUACUCGAAGAAAUAUUAUCUUCAAGUAAUAAUUCCCCCAAAGGUCCCCCUAUUGAAAAUCCUAAUAUGUUGAUUGAAUUUGAUUCCAACUCAAAUGAUCUUAAUGAAUCCAACGUCAAUAUUUUCCCAGAAGCCCCUACUAGAAGAAAUUCAACCCACGAAGAUGAACUUUUAAAUGUGGAGCAAGCUGUAACAAUUGAAAAUAAUCUUUCAGAAACAGCUCGAAAAAGGCCACGAAAUGAAAAAAAUUGGAAACAAAACGAGGCAAAAAGACUUCGCCAAGAAGGAAAAGCAUAUACUAGCUCGUCAAAAAAACUUAUCCCAGCAAAGCAAAUUAGAUUAACUUGUGAUUGCCGCAAAAAAUGUGACUACCAGUGCUGGAUGAUCCAAGAAGAGGAUAGGAAAGAAAUAUUUAAAUCCUACUACAAAUUAGAUGCACAGGGAAAACGAAUUUUUCUUUCGAACUUUACAGAACGCGAUGUUUCUCGUUUCCGGCGACGUGAACGAAAAAACUUAAAUAAUAGUAAAAAACAGUUUAGUUUUCGUUAUUAUUUUAACGUUAGAGAAAAUCGUUUUCGUGUAUGCAAAAAGUAUUUUCUUGCUACAUUGGACAUAAGUCAAAAACCAAUAUAUAAUGUGCAUUCGCGGGUAAAUGCAGUUAGUGGGGUCCCUGUCAGUUCCAAACAGGGGAAACAUGUCAAAAAAGUAAUUUCUCCUGAAACAAAAGACGCUGUUCGAAAACACAUUGCUCGAUUUCCUACCGUAGAAUCACACUACUGUAGAUGUGAUUCCAAAAAAAAAUAUUUGGAGGGAAGUUUAAAUGUCAGUGCAAUGUGGAAAUUAUUUUUAGAAGAGGCGAGCAACACCGAAGAAAGAAAUGUUAAAAUCAGUAUGUAUCGAAAUAUAUUCGAAACAGAUUUCAACAUUUCAUUCUUCAAGCCAAAAAAGGACAGAUGUGACCUCUGCGAGGAAUUCAAGAUCACUUCUUCUUCGAAUAAUAUUCCUGAAUCAUUAAAGCAAAAACAUGAGUCGCAUCAGCAGCAAAAAAUAAAAUCGAGGGAAAUUCGCCAGCAAGAUAGGACAUUAUCUACACCCGUAAUUUGUUUUGAUCUACAAAAUGUCCUUUCGUGCCCUAAGGCCGAAGUUUCCUCCUUUUUUUACCACAGUAAGCUGAACACCUAUAAUCUUACUGCCCACCUCUCUACCAAUAAUAUGGUACAAAACUUAAAUCAAUUUUUAAUAAAUUAUGUGUAGUAUUUUUCUUGUGCUUCAUAGAUAUAUUGCGCUGUAUGGAGUGAACAUCUAAUGGGAAGGAGUGGAAAUGACCUGGCCAGUGCUCUCAUGAAAAUUUUGGAAAGGGUGAUCCAAGAUAAUACUCAUUUUACGGAAUUGAUUCUUUGGUCUGAUUCUUGUGUUCCUCAAAAUAGGAACUCUAUUAUGUCCUUUGCUUUGAUGAACUUCAUAAAAACCCAUUCUCAAAUUCAUAAUAUUACCAUUCGAUUUAGUGUUCCAGGACACUCCUGCAUUCAAGAAAUUGAUGCCGCGCAUAGCGUAAUUGAAAGAAACUUGAAAAAGCACGAAUAUUAUUCCCCGGUUUCGCUAAUUCGAAUAUUAUCCGGAGUUUCGUAUAAGAAACAAAAGUUAAAUAUUAUUCAUAUGAUGCCUUCCGAUUUUAAGAACUAUCAAGACUGUUCAAAAAUAUUUAAUUUUAAGGCGAUUCCAUUCACUAAAGUGUGUGAAAUGGAGUUUUCUGCGAAUACUUUGUCAGUCGGGUUCAAAACAAAUUUUUCCCAGGAAAAUUAUGUUUUUGUGCCCUUGAACUGUACCAGACUACAAAGAAAACCGUGUUCAAAAAAAAAUACAAUUUCACAGUUUCCAGAAAUUGAAAUUGAAAGAAAAAAAAAUAAACUUUCGGUAGAAAAAAUUAAAUCUUUUAAAUCUAUGAUUCCUUUUA